CCAGGUUUGCCCAGAUGAGUCAGUGCCCCAGGGCAGGCAUGCCCCAAGCUCUGUUUUUCCCAUCUCUGGAUUCCUCCGUUCUCCAAGAUGUUGGCUAAGUUCUACAUGACCAGCUAGCUCUUGGCUGCUGACUGUGUAACCCUGUGUGAGCAAAGCCACCCUCAGGGACCCAUGUGCAUCAUCUUCUUUAAGUUCGAUCCUCGCCCUGUUUCCAAAAAUGCGUACAGGCUCAUCCUGGCAUCCAACAGGGACGAGUUCUACCACCGACCGUCCAAGGUGGCAGACUUCUGGGGCAGCAACAACGAGAUCCUCAGUGGGCUCGACAUGGAGGAAGGCAAGGAAGGAGGCACAUGGCUGGGCAUCAGCACUCGCGGGAAGCUGGCAGCGCUCACCAACUACCUGCAGCCGCGGCAGGACCCAGAUGCCAGGGGCCGAGGUGAACUGGUGACCCACUUUCUGACCACAGACAUGGACAGUUUUUCCUACUUGAAGAAGGUCUCCACCGAGGGUCACCUGUACAACGGCUUCAACCUCUUAGCAGCCGACCUGAGCACAGAGAAGGGAGAUGUCUUCUGCUACUACGGAAACCAGGGCCAACCCGAACCCAUUGUCCUGGCGCCAGGGACCUAUGGGCUGAGCAAUGCGCUACUGGAUACGCCUUGGAGGAAGCUGUGCUUUGGGAAGCGGCUCUUCCUGGAGGCUGUGGAGCGGAGCCAGGCACUCCCCAAGGAUGUCCUCGUGGCCCAGCUUCUGGACGUGCUCAACAACGAGGAGGCGCAGUUGCCAGACCCGGCCAUCGAGGACCAGGGCAGGGAGUACGUGCAGCCCAUUCUGAGCAAGUAUGCGGCUGUGUGCGUGCGCUGCCCAGGCUACGGCACCAGAACCAACACGGUCAUCCUCGUGGACGUGGAUGGGCACGUGACCUUCACAGAGCGCAGCAUGCUAGACAAAGACCCUUCCCGCUGGGAGACCAGGACCCACGAGUUUAGGCUGCAGAGCUAAGACCGACCCCUGAGUGCAGCCAGCGGGCUCCUGUAAGGCCCUGCCUUGAGGACCGGAUGGGAACCUUCCACAGCACAUGCACUGCCUGUGUGUGACUUGGCCACAUCCCUCAGGACCAGGGCCCUCUGAUUUGUGUGUGAUCUGUCUGUGUCCCCGUAUCCAGCUCAAAGUCCAUCCUUACGCCAGCGGGAGUGGCAAGAGUCCCACAGCCAGGUCAGGGGCAGGUCCAGGUGUGCCGUGCAUGUGUGAAUGCACCUGGCCCUGCCCCCUCCCCACGCAUAGAGACACCCACGCAAGGCACAUGCUUACAUACAUGCCUACAGGUGUACAGGCACACAUGUACACCCAUGGGGCACACACACACACACACACACACACACACACAGGCACACACAGUCACAGGCAAAGCAAUAGAUGUGUGCACACAUGCUGGAACACACACAUGCUCCCAGGCAUACACACACAUGUGCUUAUGCCAGACAGUCAGAGGCGUGCCUCUCACACCCACCCUCACUUCUGGCCAGUGGGUCUUUGGCUUUGAUCAAAACAACAGUAGUAGACCUUUGUCUAGAAGUGUCCCCUUCUCUCCUGGACAUAGUCCAGUUCCUGACAACCAGACCGGCUCUUGGAGGACAAACAGGCAUUUUCAGGUCCAGCAGAGCCUUCCUAGCACUGAGCUCAUAAGUGCUCAUGUCCUUGGAGUCUUGAGUCCUGGGUCCUGGGAAAGAACCAAGGAAAACCUUCUCUCAUAACAGAAGCACAGUCUGGUUGGUGAGUCCAGUGGCCCUGUGUGCAUGGGACUGUCCUGUGACUGGAGUCCUGUGUGUGCUGGGCACCCAGCAGCCUGUCAGGCCCUGCCUGCCCACUGGUUGUAGGUUCUGGGCAGGCCCAUCUCAGCGAGGGGACACAGCCAGCCCCGGCCCAUCCCUCCUCCUUAGGCAAAUCAAACUUCACAGGAAUCUGUACUUGAAUGUGAGAUGUUGACAAUAAAACUCUGAGGCUAUGGUGAG